AUGGGCAAGAAGCACAAGAAGCACAAGACCGAAUGGCGCUCGUCGUACGAGGACUAUGCAGACAAGCCCUUGGAGAAGCCCCUGAAGCUGGUCCUCAAAGUUGGAGGAAGCGAAGUGACGGAACUCUCAGGGUCCGGCCACGACUCCAGUUACUACGAUGACAGGUCAGACCAUGAGCGGGAGAGACACAAGGAGAAGAAGAAGAAGAAGAAGAAAAAGUCAGAGAAGGAGAAGCACCUUGACGAUGAAGAAAGGAGGAAACGAAAGGAGGAGAAGAAGCGGAAACGGGAGAAGGAGCACUGUGACACAGAGGGGGAGGCCGACGACUUCGAACCGGGGAAGAAGGUGGAGGUGGAACCGCCCCCCGACAGGCCCGUGCGAGCGUGCCGGACGCAGCCAGCUGAGAGCGAGAGCACGCCUAUCCAGCAGCUGCUGCAGCACUUCCUCCGCCAGCUGCAGAGAAAAGAUCCUCAUGGAUUUUUUGCUUUUCCUGUCACGGAUGCAAUCGCUCCUGGGUACUCGAUGAUAAUAAAACACCCAAUGGACUUCGGCACAAUGAAAGACAAGAUCAUAGCUAACGAGUACAAGUCAGUCACGGAGUUUAAGGCAGAUUUCAAGCUGAUGUGUGACAACGCGAUGACAUACAACAGGCCGGACACCGUGUACUACAAGUUGGCCAAGAAGAUCCUGCACGCCGGCUUCAAGAUGAUGAGCAAAGAGCGGCUCUUAGCUCUGAAGCGCAGCAUGUCGUUUAUGCAGGACAUGGAUUUCUCUCAGCAGGCGGCUCUUCUGGGCAACGAAGACACGGCUGCCGAGGAGCCUGUCCCCGAAGUCGUGCCCGUGCACGUAGAGACGGCCAAGAAGUCCAAGCGGCCAAGUAGAGAAGUCGUCAGCUGCGUGUUCGAGCCGGAGGGGAAUGCCUGCAGCCUGACAGACAGCACCGCGGAGGAGCAUGUGCUGGCGCUGGUGGAGCACGCAGCCGACGAGGCCCGGGACAGGAUCAGCCGGCUGGUGCCUGGCGGCAAGAUGGGCUACCUGAAGAAGAAUGGGGACGGCAGCCUGCUCUACAGCGUGGUCAACACGGCUGGGCUAGAUGCCGACGAGGAGGAGACCCACCCAGUGGACCUGAGCUCGUUGUCCAGCAAGCUACUGCCCGGCUUCACCACGCUGGGCUUCCGGGAGGAACGGAGGAGCCGAGUCACCUUCCUCUCCAGUGCCAGCACUGCACUCUCCACGCACAACAACUCCGUGUUUGGUGACUUGAAGGCUGACGAGGUGGAGCUGCUGUACUCGGCCUACGGAGACGAGACGGGCGUGCAGUGCGCACUGAGCCUGCAGGAGUUUGUGAAGGAUGCCGGGAGCUACAGCAAGAAGCUGGUGGACGACCUCCUGGACCAGAUCACAGGCGGGGACCACUCACGGAUGCUCUUCCGGCUGAGGCAGAGGAGAAGCGUUCCGAUGAAACCUCCGGAUGAAGUGAAGGCUGGGGACCCUCUCGGGGACGGGGGCUCCACGCUGGACUUCAUGGCCAUGAAGCCCUACUCAGAUGUUUCCCUGGACAUCUCCGUGCUCGGCUGUCUGGGGAAGGUGAAGAAGGAGCUGGACCCUGAGGACGGGCACCUGAGCCUGGACGAGACGACGAAGCUCCUUCAGGACCUGCAGGAGGCGCAGGCGGAGCGCGGGGGCUCUCGGCCCUCGUCCAACCUCAGCUCGCUGUCCAAUGCCUCCGACCGGGACCAGCACCAUCUGGGGAGCCCUUCUCGCCUCAGCGUUGGGGAGCAGCAGGAGGCAGCCCACGACCCGUAUGAGUUCCUGCAGUCUCCGGAGCCUGCAGCCUCCACAAAGGCCUAG